UUAGUACCUUUAUUAGUAUUAAUUGAAGCUAUUUCAUACUUGGCUAGAGCUUUUAGUUUGGGAGUCCGAAUUUUCGCAAACAUGGUUGCCGGUCACACUCUGUUAAUAAUACUGUCAGGUUUCCUUUACCCUAUGCUAUUUUCUUCUGGAAAAAUAAUGUCAAUAGUAAGCAUAUUACCAAUAAGUAUCUUUAUCGCUUUAAUUGGUUUAGAAAUAGCUGUGAGU